AUGGAGCUCGGCUGGCUGCUGUGGGGGGCGCCGCUGCUGCUGCUGCUCGUGCUGCUGGCGGCGCCGCUGCUGCAGCUGAGCCCGCGCGCCCGGUUCCGGGCGAAGGUCGCCUCCUACUGCGCCCUGUGCCUGCUCUCCUCCGCGCUCACCGCGCCCGCCUGCCUGCUCUGGAACCGCGGGCGCACCGUGCACAACAUGACGAUUAUCAAAAAUGUGGUUCGAACCUUCAAGUACCUCUACGGCGUGAGGUUUGAGGUGAAGGGUCUGGAGAACUUCGAGAUGGAGGGGCCGUGUGUCAUCAUCUCAAACCACCAGAGCAUCCUGGACAUGAUGGGGCUGAUGGAAGUCCUUCCAGAGCGCUGUGUCCAGAUCGCGAAGCGGGAGCUGCUUUACAUGGGGUCAGUCGGCCUCAUCAUGUACCUGGGAGGCGUCAUCUUCAUCGACCGCAAGAGCACAAGCAACGCCAAGUCGGUGAUGACCGACGUUGGGCAAGCGAUGAUCCGGGACAAUGUGAAAGUCUGGAUCUAUCCCGAGGGCACAAGGAACGGGGACGGGGACCUGCUGCCCUUCAAGAAGGGAGCCUUUCAUCUUGCCAUUCAGACGCAGGUUCCAGUUAUUCCUGUGGUAUAUUCCUCUUUUUCCUCAUUUUACAACCCAGAGAAGAAUCUAUUUACAUCUGGCAAAAUUCAGGUGGAGGUCCUGCCGCCUGUGCCGACCCAGGGCCUGAUGGCCAAGGAUGCUGAUGAGCUGACCAACCGGUGCUACACCACCAUGAGGGACACCUUCUUCAGGCUGUCGGGAAGGACCAGUGUGGUCAACGGAGGGGCUUCCAGCGCCGCCGAGUGAUGCCUCUUGGCAGAAAGGCGUCGGGCACGGACCUUCCAAUCGAAAGGACUUUCUCGCACCUGUUUUUUCUUGCCAAAUACACCACGGCCUCUCCUUUGCUUUAGGUCAUGGGGGAAAACUCAUAACUUGUUCCUAAACUGCAAUGGGACGGUGAGGAUGGGGACUCCUGCGGAGCUCCUUCCAGCCCGUGGCCUGCCCAGCGCUUUCCCUGCCUGCCACUGCCUUUCCACCCCCAAAGCAGCCUCUGCCAAAGAAGAGACGCGCUCCGUGCCAGCCGCCUGGUCCUCUGCAGCUCCUCCACCUGGACAAAGCCCCCUUUGAGGGUCUGGAACUGCCAUGAGGGGUCCAGGCGGACCCUCUCCUCCUCUUUUGCUAACUGGAAGGGAACUGGUGGUCGGAUCCCCAAUUGCACCGGCAGGUUUGGCCAGUCUUGUGGCUGCCGGCUCUCUGGGAACUUUCAGGUCCCUUUAAGGACAGAAAUCAGAGUUUGUUGUUUCCAAAAUGGUGUGAGAAAUAUAUUGUACUACCUGUGGAAAAGCAAAGGGCUUUACCACUCACAGGGUUUGGGGUUUUUUACUUAGAAAAGCAUCAUCCGUAGGUCGGAGUUCCAACCAUUUCUGAGCAGUUACGUGUUCAGAGAGGAGUUCUGUGUGGAUCUAGGAGCUAUUGUCUGUGGCUGGCAUUCCAGGCUUUUGAGAGCAGAGGUGUGCAGAUGCGCUCGCCCUGCUGGGGAAGGGCCACGAGGAGAGCUCCCUCUGACACACUCGGAUGCAUGCUUAAGCAGGAGCAGGUCUCAGCAGUCAGGUUGUGCUCUUGCUUCGCUUCGGUUACCCACGACUUUUAUGCCUCCAGGAGGUUGAUCCAGAAGCCGGAGCACAAUCUCCGUCCAGCAGUGUUAUGUGCUCCAUGCAACUUUCAGGACUACCAGCUCCAAAUUGGUAUCCAGGGAGGUCUAAAGUGUGGACAGAUUCACUCUCUCUGCUGACUUAUUUGAGAUCACUGUUAAAGUUGUCCUGAGAAGCAGUUAUUUCAAAAUAGGAACAGAUAUUCCUCUGGGAGGUUGCUUUGCAUGGAAAACCAUGAGGAUGGGACCAUUCCCACGUUUUUGAAGCAAAGAUGUAAAAAUUGGCAUCCCUGGAGUGACAUGCCAGUGACACCCCUGAUGGUGGGAGGUGGUAUUACAGCAGCAGCACAUGGCAGGCUUAGAUUUUUGGAACAAACUCUCUGUUCCCUCUGCCACAGGAAUGGGAGAAGGAAACAGACCCCCUAUAAACAACUGCAUGGCCCUCGAAACACCACACAGAACUUCCGUUCCCUGGACCAAUCUGAAGCUCCAGCUCUCACAAUCCAGACAGCUGGCUCAGGGGCAUGAUGGGAAUUGGAGUCCCAAGACAUCUGGAGGCUGCCAGAUUGCAGGCCACUGCGGCAGCCCUGUUUUUUGAACAGACAUUAUGGAAGCAAAGCCGCCUCCUUUGGCAAGAGAGGAUGGAGGAGCGGGGCAAGUGCCGCCUGGCCCAGUGGCCGGCCCUCCAGAACGCCUAGCUCAGGAAGGUUCGGCCUCCGACUAGGAGAGCUGGAGAGAGGCAGGGAGCACCGAGAAAUCGACCGUCCCGGUGGCAGCUGUGCUGAAUCGUGGCCCGCAAGUGCCACUGGGGGCGCCUGCGCAGACCCUCUGCGUAGGAGGGCAACACUUGCCCCCCAAAGUGCCUUUUUGCAAAACUCCGUUGCUUACUGUUGGUGGUUAAUAUUUUCGAGAGAUGAUUGUGUGAGUGAAAUUGACUUUUAUAAAGCAACUGUAUUUAAAGAGAA